ACCUCCCUCUCUGCACCGCGUGCGACUGGCGAUGAUGCUCCGAGGGGCCACCGCAGCGCAGCCGGGGCUCCACCCGCUCCCUCGGCUCGAUCGGAAGCAUGCCUUUGAUCUCUCGACGCCGAGAUUGCUCGAUGUGCGCGCGCUUCAGAACCGGAUAUCGCUGCCCUUCGACGUGGACGUGCAGGCGGACACGGCUGGCGGAAUCGACGGCGGCGAUGAUGCGCUAGGACGAUGGGCCAAGGACAAGCGGAGCGCCUCGACUGCCAAACUUAUUGGCAGCCUCGUCCAGCAGGAUCGCAAGGAGAGCAAGGACGGACGAGGACAGCGCCUGGCCGACCACCUGGGCGAGGCGAGUGGCAGGGCCGAGCCUGGUCCUAGCCGAAUACCGCCAGCAGCUUCAUCGUUGGUCUCGUGGGACUCGCUGAGGGAUGAUGUGCAAUAUGCCCGCUUCUUGACAGAUGUACAGAGGGGAGGCUGGGACGAUACGCAGCUGGACGAGGCCGUCAUGUGUUCGCUCAUUGGGCCGUUGAAUCAAGAGGAGGGCGAAGUGGUGAUUCCAGCACCAGCGCACUUUAGAGGCUCUGUGCUUGCAUCGCUCGUCAAGACAGCAUGUGGCCAGGUCUCGGCGCACUUUGCGUGGGACGAGAGAGAUGCCCGCUUUACCUGGGCAGAGACGUUGCAGCGAGACUUGCGCGCACAGGAGAAGCGACGGCUGAGAAGAGCGAUCAAGAAGGCAAAGGGAAUGACAGGCAAAAGGGCAAGAGAACGUCAGGCAUUGGUGGAACAGCUCGAUGCUGUGAGGUUGUCAAGCCCCGAAGACGAGAUCAUCUGGAAGGGCAAGGAGCGCAUACAUGGUCUGACCGAAGAGGCGUCCGAGGCUGUCGUGAGCCGCUUUCUUGACAUCGGGUCACUGCAAAGAAGGCUGUAUGGCCGCAUCGAAGAUCUCAGAAGAAAGGUGCCGGCGGCCAGGAAGAAGAGCCGGGACGAGAGUGACGACGAUGAGGAAGACUUGACGAUGUUCCAGCCGCCACACGAAGCAUACGCCUUAGCCAGCAGCCUGUCCUCCGUCUUGGACUGGAUCUCUGGCGAACUGCAAGAAUGGUCGGCCGCCGUUCCUCCAGACGCUGCUUUGUCGUCUGCACGUCAGGACCUCGAAGUCAUUCACCUCUUGCUCAGCUCGCUCGCCGAUAUGUGUGCCUGCUCGAUGUCAAGACUGCCGCCUUUUCGCUUCAUGACAAGGCCGCCUGCGAAAGACAGCAGCAUUGGUCGCGUUGACACGCAUGCCGCAACGGUGCAGACGACACAGCUUCUCAAUCUUGUCCAUUCGCACAUGCAUGCAGUCCUGGCCUCGUCUGCCCCACCAUUGGUUCAAGGUGUGUGGUCAUACCUGCUCGCCACAACGACGCGAACGUGGCGAGAACAGCUGGCCACAUGGGUUGGAUGGCCGUGCCCUCCUGAAGCAAAGCAGGAAGACGCUGUCGAGAGGCAGAUGUUGGUCGAGAGGGAAAAGAGACAGGCGAAAGAGGAGAUCUGGAGCGAGGAAAUGGCGCGGUGUGAGCCCUGGCCUGGAGCAGAGGUCGAGUGGGCGUGGGACGAGCGAGGGGAAGAGGACGUUGGCUACAUCCUCCGGCCUUCACGGUUGCCGGCCAUGCUUCCGUUACACUCUGCGAGGGAUGUGCUCGAGGCCGGAAGGGCGCUGCGCUUGCUGCGGAGGGCAGCGCCGCCCGGCCAUCCUCUUCUCACCUCUUUGGACGGAAGGGUCGGCCUGGAGGUCGUCGCAACAUCACGCUCAUCAAACAGCCAGCGAGGGCCGAUCCCGGUGCCUUCCUGGACUUGGUCAGACGUCGAGCUGAGGAAGAGUGGCGUAGCAGUCGAGACGCGCGUGCGCGAACUUCAGCGAGAGAUCGCACGAUGGCGCAGAGUACGGGGACAACGAAGCGGUGGUCGUCCUUCCUCCGCCUCGGACACAAAUGCAAUAUCUUUCCCUCGCUAUUCGGCCCUUCCAGCACAUGGGAUACUAACAGCUGGCAACGCUAUCGAAGGCGGCUUUCAGCAGCACAAUCAUCUAUCGAAGCCGAGCUCGCUUCCCUCUGCACUGUCAAAGGAUCUUGAAAGGGCUAUGCUUGUCUUCGACGCACUGCCCGGAGAGGCUCUCGAUGACAAAGAGGAUGGGGAGAAGGAGAUUCCGCAGGCAGACACGCUUCUUGAGCACAUUGCGUACGCACUCGAGACGGCGUCUGCCUCAGACGGUCGCAGCCGUCACAACACCUCGCUGCUCCCACCUACCAGCCUGGGCUUGGCGUCGCUAACGGAAGCAUCGAUCAUCGCCCCUCUCCUUCAAUGGUCCCGCCUCAUCAACUCGAGCCUGAUCAGCGUCUUUUUCCGCGACCUGGGCCUCGCCACCUACCUCGAGACGUGCCGACGAUUCCUUUUGCUGGGCAAUACCCGAUUUGCUGAGCGGAUCGCAGAGGUCCUGUUUGAUGUCGACUGGCUCGAUCAGGACGAUGAGGAGCGAGGUCAAGAGGGCGAAGGUGUGGGACUGAGCAAGAUGCUAAGAAAAGAACCAUCUUGGCCUCCAAGCGGCGGAUCUCAGCUCUCGUCGGCGCUUAAUUUUGUCGUGCUGGAAACGGUCGCCGAGCUGAAGACUACCGACGCCGUGCCUUCCGAAAGAACGACGCACGAUGAAGAGACGCUCAGCGCCGAGAAGCUCGCGAUUCGAGAUCUCGAUGAUCGUCUUUCCUUUGCAGUCGUCCGUCCGGAUAAAGGCGGCAAGGCGAAUGCAGAUGCGGCCUGGCGUGAUCGGAGGAAUGUCGAGGCACUUGAUUGGCUCACCUUGAGCUUCCACCCACCCCCGCUCAUCGCGCCGCUCCUCACGCCGCAGACCCAAGAAUCGUAUCGCCGCCUCUUCAACCACUUGCUAAAGCUCAUGCGGGUCAGGCAUGUGCUUGACUUGGUAUUCCGAAAGAUUUGCUCGAGUCGCCAGAGUACAGCUUUGGGUCAAGGACAGGAAAGGGCGCAAAGGCACAUCUUGGCAUUCCGCUUCGAGGCGCAACACGUCGUGGACCUUUUGCAGGCUCAUUCGUCAGAGGUGGCUGUCGGACAGCGGUGGGAGAGCUUCAUGGCUCGGCUGGACCAGCUGAGACGCGAGGCCGAAGAGCGCGACACAGAGGCCUUUGUCGAUGAUGGCGAUGCCUUUGAGGAAGAAGAAGGAGAGAUCGACGAGGACGAAAGCAUCGCCAAUGACGAGGAGCAGGACGGGGACGAAGAGAAUCCUGCCGCUACCGCUGACGAAGGGGCUGCUAGUACGCGACGGAGAAUGGAGAUCAAGGACGUCUUCAGCCUGGCGAGGUACCACGAAUGGACACUGGAACGCAUGGUCUCUGGAUGUUUUCUGGGCUCGUCGAAGAAGAGGGGCGGACAGCGCGGCGGCAAGAUCUACGAAAUCAUUGAGGAAAUAAUGAAUCUCGUGCUGGCCUUUGGCGAUUUUGUGCUCACGAGAGCUACAAAGAAAGAAGCGAUCUUGGAGGAAGAAGAGGAGGCGCGACUCGAGAAGCUGCACAAGAGGUUCAGAUCGAGGGUGGCGCUCCUCGGAAAAGCCCUCGAAGUCGUCUUGGAGCACUCUUCGUCGGGCUCGAACGCAGCGGCAGGCUCGACAUUGUGGCGGCAGAAGGCCAGCACAGCGGAGCCCGACUCUCUGGCGUCGUUGGAACUACAGAGGCAGGAGGAAGAGGCCCAGCGGGAUCUUCUCGAGCUCCAAAGGGACAGUGGUGGAAACCUGAAGGGCAGCGAGACCGAAGCGAUCCGGUGCCUCAUCCUCGGCUUGUCUUCCAUUCAGACAGGUUCUGGUAGACUAAAGAGCUGACUGUAACAUUGGUAAUUACGAAAUAUUGCUAGAGGACUGGCAACGAUUGCCGUCCCUCGGGAUGGCUUUCGUGAUGUAUUGUACUGUACAAUUGGCUA